AUGGCUACAGUUUUGCAGCAAAGCAAACUGAUUGUUGGAGGCAUUAGACAAAGCGAUGCAAGAUUUGCGAAACACUCAAAGCCGGUUUGGUGGUUCGAUGAUUCUCCUGACAGUUUUUAUUUCCUUAACAAAAAUUUCAACACUGGCAACAUACAAGCCUCAAAAAAUAUUAAAAACGACGACGUCGUUUGCGUCUCAGACGCUACGGCUGCCACUGCUGCUCAUCGUAUUGUUUCCCGUGCAGCCGGCAGCAAUAACGUCGUCGUCGUCGUCUCCGCCGCCGCUAAUCAGACGGCCAACGAAAGCAACAACAUCAGCAUCAACACCACAGCUACAGCCACUACCAAUACUACUAACGCCAGCAUCAUUUCCACUUCGGCAGCCAUUCACAGACAACAAGAACAGCAACCAACUGAAAACGACGACGACAUUGUCAACAACAGCAACAUUAAUAUUACAUCUGGCUCUCAGAACGUUUAUACGAACACGAAAAUUUCCACCUCGAAUUCGAACUCGAAUUCCAACGUUGUCAUUUCUACCACACUACCCUACUCGGAGUCGUGUACAUCUACCACCCCUCUGUGUGGUGGCCUCAGUACUUCGAAAACUACUUCAACCAUUUCAUCAUCAAUUGAUACGACUGUUACAUCUCCCAGCCUGCAGCUGAAAACUGUUAUCAACACCACCCCCUCUACAGACGCUGUUAGCAACGUUGUGAGCUCACCACCAUUAGCAUCAUCCUCAUCAUCAGCAGCAGCAGCAAAACUACAAUCACCUCCAUUACCACAGACAUCAUUCCACAAAUCCUCUUCACCACUUGAUAAACAACCACCUCAAUCAUCAUCACCAUUAACAUCUGAGCCCUACAAGACGACUGUAGCAACAACGCCUUAA